AUGGAUUAUCAAGAGGAGCAAAAUCAAGAACUGGAGGUUCUUGAGUCCAUCUACCCCGAUGAGUUGACAGUGGUUUCUAACACUUUUCCUAAAAUUGAGUUUGAAGUCAGAUUACCGCUGGAUCUGGUUCCACUGGAUAGCUCUUCCUUCACAGCCGACUCACUGACCAAAGACCAUUGGGUCGUCAUAAAUAUCAAACUUCCGGAAACUUAUCCUGAAACUGUUCCGAUCAUUACGCUUUCUGCUGAGCACGAGCGCAAAGCCGGCCUAAAGAGCGAUGGGGACGAUGCUAAUCAAGAUGAAUCAGACAAAGAAAUUGAAUACGACGACCAUGGCAAUCCCUUAGAGGCAAAACUUGAGAAUUUGCCUGACCAGGUAGCGUUCGAAGAUCAUCUGAACGUUCUCGAGUCUCAAGUGGAAUCACAAGCAGAGGAAGACAUGCUUGUGGGGAUGCAGAUGUGUUUUGCUUUGGUCUCGUGGCUGAAAGAGGCCUGCGAACGCUAUUUUCAAGAAAAACUAGCGGACUUCGAACGUGAACAUGACCGUAAGCUUGCUGCUCGCGAGAAAGAGGAACAAAAGAAAUUCCAUGGCACGAAAGUUACGCCUGAAUCUUACUUGGCGUGGAGGGCAAGGUUUCGCGAAGAGACCGGUCGCAAUGAUAGAGAUGCGGCCAGGAGGAAGGAGGCUCAUGGUGGUAAACUUACCGGAAGACAAAUAUUUGAACAAGGUCUUGAUGGCAGCGAAGACGUGGAGGAGAAUGAAUGA